AUGGCGGGCCGGAGCGGCGCUAGGCUUGUGGUGUUGCUGUUGUUGGCUCUGGUAGGACGGCGAGCGUCCUGGCGGCCCGUCGCGCUGAUCAGCGGUGCGAGCGAGGGGUGGUACGCGGGCAUGGUGGACUACUGGGGCACCUUCUACCGGAGGACGUGGCCGCUCCACCCGCUGGGGUCGUUGUUCCGUGCGGCGCCGCUCUCACCAGAGGAGCAGGCAGAGGAGAAGAAGAUGCAGGAGGCCUACUUCACAGACGACUCUCUGCGCGGCGUGCUGAUCACCGUGGGGGCCAGUCUGCCGGUCACCCUGCUGACUCUGCUGAUCUUCGAGCACUUCCUGCGCGGCGAGCCUGGCGGCCUGCUGCAGAGUCUGGGACUGCCCCGCAUGCUCUUCUCGGAAACCAGUGCCAGCAGACCUGCGGUCGUGGCCCGCCGCCCCAGCGACGGGACCGAGCUGCGCGCGGCCAUGCCGGACAGCUUGCGCCGCGUGAUCGCGCCGCCUCCGCUGUCGCGCUGGAGGCAGAAGCCGCCGCAGCGGUCUGGGCACGUGAGCGCCGCACGCCGCAAGUUCACGAACAAGUUGCGGCUGCGCUUGGCGCAGCUGCUCCGUGUGCUGCUCACCGUGAACGAGAGGACCGUGCUGGAGUGUGCGGGCAUGGACGCGCUCGUCAUGCUCCGCUUUUGUGCGCUUUGCGGACGCUUCUGUGCGCUGUCGAGCCUUUGGUGCUUGCUGCUCGUGUUCUGCUUCACCGCCGGCGGCUACCUGCGCGCAACUGAGCCAUACCGAGGCUUGGGUUUGUGCAGCAUCUCUAACGUCGGGCCCAACUCGCGCCUGCUCUGGGCCGUCGUGCCAGUGUCCUACCUCUGCACCUUAACCCUAUGCGGGCUCCUCUGGAGGGAGUACGAGAGAUUCGUCCAGCUCAGGCGCAUCUUCUUCCUGUGCGGCGGGCGGCUUGGGGAGCGACCGAUGCUUUCAGACCCUUCUCCCCGGGAGCCCUGGCCCCACGGGUCGGCCACGGACGAAGAGCUCAACACGGAUGCUCGUUUCACGCGUGGCCUGACCCCGCCGACCAUGGCCCGGUUGCGGACGGCGAUGCCUGGCGUGGAGGGCCGCCGCCGCGAGGCGACGGCUGCGCCGGAGGAGGACCUCCUGGCGCAGACCCGCCGCACGGUGCUGGUCGAGAGGCUGCCGCCCGAGCUGCGCGAGCCCGGAGCCUUGCAGGCCCAUUUCGAGGAGUGGCUGGGGGCUGGAACGGUCCAUUCCGUGUCGCCCGUACCGUCGGACGCCAAGAAGUUGAGCCAGUGCUGGAGGAGUUUGCGACGGGGCAGGCAACGCCAGGGCAGCCUUCGCGACGAAGACCUGGAGGAGCUCAGCGAGCUGGAGCUUCACCUGCGGGCCCGGCGAGAGGAGUUCCACCUUGGGUGGUCGACGGCCGCCUCCCGGAUGCACAUAAUCGAGCGCGACGUCCGCCGCCUCGCUGCCGAGAGAGGCUGGCUUUGGCUUCAACUCGGCGCCGCCUUUCGAGCGGGCAGACUCCACGGACCAGGGCCCGAGAGAAGCCGGUUCCGGUUUCGGCUUCCACUCAGAGCGGUCUUUCGAGCGGGCAGACUCCACGGACCAGGGCAUGUUCGACGGCGUGCACCCGCCGCCGAGGGCCGCCACCUCCAGCGACGGCCACCAUGCCGACGCCGCCAGCUCGAAGUUCAACGAUGGCGCGUCCUUCGCCACGAGAGUGGCGGCCUACAACAAUGGCACGUGCCGGGACAGUGCCGAUGA